AUGAGUACUAAUUCUACCUCUUCUACAAAUAAUACUACCGAAAGGACAGAAACUGAUGCCACUAAAACAAAAUUUGAUGCUGUAAAUAAGAAGACACUUGAAGAAGAUGAUGAAUUCGAAGACUUUCCUGUGGAUAACUGGCCAGCACAGGACACAUUGAAGGAGGUGGAUAAUAUUCAAGAUCACCUUUGGGUGGAGAACUGGGAUGAUGUCGAAGUGGAAGAUGAUUUCACAAAUGAGUUGAAAAAUGAAUUGGAGAAAUAUAAGCAAGAACAUCAACAGAAAUGA